UAGUUUCAAAUUCGACUCCUCGCUUCCCUUUUUCUCGACAAAUCUUCAAUCGAUCACUUGUGUCGAACCCUUUUUCCCCAAAUCCAUGGAGGUCUCCGGCGCCGUUUCCCGGCAUCUCUCCGCCUUCUUCCGCCAUGAUUUUGAUCAAUCCAUCGAGCUCUCCCGUGCCGAUGCUCGGCGGGCCUCCUGUAGCCUGUCUAUUUCCGGUGGUUCUGUCGGUACUGGAACUCGCACUUUAGGGCUCGCCAGUCGUUGGAAUAUGGAUUCUUCUAGGUUUUGCGAUGACGGUCAUUUACGAUAUUAUGUUGGACCGACGUGCCAUGGCGGGAGGUUGAAGAAGGAGAAGGAGGCGGUGAAGAAGAAAUUGAAAUUGUUGAAAGGAUUGUCCGCUACGGAUUAUGAAUCGAGCUUAUUGUUUCAUCUCGAUCAUGGCUCGAUCGGCGAAUUUCAGGCGGAUCGCUUCUCUAUUGAGGAAACAAGAGAGGCAUUGACAAGACAACUCCAACAGCUAAAAUCAGAGGAGAAGGAACAGAAAAGGAAGAAGAAAUUAGAGAAGGCCAAGCUAAAAGCAGCUCGAGCACAAACCAUUCACGACUCAUCAUUUUCAUCCUCUGAAUCCAGUGACAAUGAAGCCCAUAUGAUCAACAAAAGCUACCGAAUAAGGAAGGCGCUUUCGCAGCCAUUCCCAGAUCAAUACCAAACCAAUGCCAUUCAAGGAUCAACAUUGCCUCCUCCGUUGCAAACCCAACUUCUCAAUUCAAAAUCCGGAAAUGUCGGUGUAUCGACAUCUGUAGGGAGGAUUGAAGUGUGUAUGGGAAACAAGUGCAAGAAGGCAGGAGCAGCAGCAUUGAUGGAGGAAUUUGGGAGGGUGAUGGGGGCUGAUGGUGCUGUUUGUGGGUGUAAAUGCAUGGGAAAAUGUAGAGAUGGACCAAAUGUAAGAGUUUCUGGUGCUCUUGACAUACAAAAUCCUCUGUGCAUUGGAGUUGGAGUGGAGGAUGUUGGUAGAAUUGUAGCUGAAUAUCUAGGACAAGAAAGGGGGCAGCAACAAUCCAGGUUUGCACCUGCAAAAUCUGAUUGAUACACAUCAUAGAAGUAAAAUUUAGUGCAGCUUUUUUGAUGAAUUUGUAAAAAGUUAAUCAUCUUCUAUUUUGAGUUAUACUGAGUUGGGUUGGGAUGAGGAAGUUUUUGGACUGAAACCAACUUUUAGGAUUUUAAAUUUUUCCAUCCAUUGGAGCUAGACAAUUUCAAUCUCAACUCAAUCAUGAAAUUUGAGUUGGGUCCUUUGAUAAAAAAUAUUGAAAUUAAGAGUCUUGUGAAUACUAAUUUACUUAUGUUUUAAAUAUUAUAUUGAGAUAUGAACA